AGUCGCUCAGACCAUUCUCUGUUUCCGGCAUCGCGUGCUGCUAGCUCGUACCGCGUUUUGUUCUAGUGUAAUAAAAACGGUUCGCUUAUUCACCACACCACACGCUCAAUAUGCCAGAGUUGACUGAAAUUACGGAGAGCGCAGCGGCUGCCGCUUCGGCUACCGCUUCCGCCAGCACAGAGGCCAAGCUGGAGGAUGCACUCAGUGACACAGAGACCGACGACUCGAUCCCGGAGCUGGAAGAUGCCGGUGCUGCUACGGCUCAGCUGGCCGCCGGUGGUAUUCCGGAUCUCGUCUCGAAGGCAAAACAGUCGCGUGGUGAGAAGAAGGCACGAAAGAUCAUGUCCAAGCUCGGGCUGAAGCCGGUUCAGGGCGUGAAUCGGGUGACGAUCCGGAAGUCAAAGAACAUUCUGUUCGUGAUAAACAGCCCGGACGUGUACAAAAACCCGCACAGCGACACCUACAUCAUCUUCGGCGAAGCCAAGAUCGAGGAUCUGUCGCAGCAGGCUCAGGUGGCUGCCGCGGAGAAGUUCAAGGCACCGGAAGCGACGCCGGCCGCCGGUGAAGCGUCCGGCUCGACGAAUGUGGUUACACCGAUCGCCGAGGAGGACGAGGAGGAGGUGGACGAGAGCGGCAUUGACGACAAGGACAUUGAGCUCGUUAUGUGCCAGGCGAACGUCAAACGCGCGAAGGCAAUCCGGGCGCUGAAGAACAAUCAAAACGACAUCGUGAACGCGAUCAUGGAGCUGACGAUGUAAACGAAUUCGGCGUUUCGAUUGCAGUUCAAAAGCAUACACCCGCUUGUCGCCGUCACCAGAAACAUGCUGCCCUACCCUCCCGAAACCCCCUUCGACCGGUUCCACAGUGUUGAAACUUUGCUGGGGAACCAACUCGGGUUCACCCUUCGGUUCGAAUGAAGAAUGGCAAGGUUAUUUCAUUAACAAACAGUAAUAAAUUAAGAAACUAAUCCUUCGAAGCGCGCGUCCUCCAAUUCACCGUUGCGUGCUGAGGUCAUUGUUUAAAUGCACGCAGCCCAGCGCAGGGUCUUUUGCCGUUCUUUUCUUUCCCACAAAAGCCUACAAUAAGCAGUAGUACACUCUUAGACCGCCUGGCACAUUCGGUUGUAGAACGGAAAUAGAUGCAAACGUUUCUGGUGGCGUUAUUUUUAAAAGUGUAUUUAAGUGAAUCGAACCAAACGAAAACCUAACAACCAUUGCUUGAGUGCGUUGAUUCGAUAAUAAAGUUUACUUGUAAGUGAAAUGCUUUGCAGGUUCCCAAACGAUAA